UAAAUGGCCAGUAUUUAAAGAAUGUCAUUCAAUAAUAAACUCAUAAUGAUCUUUAAUCAAAUAGGUAUGGGUUUCUAUGAAGAGGGCAUGGAAUUGCAAGAGAUGCGCCAGAUUCUCGAUGCCUUGCAAAUGUCUGUAAAUGAGGGAGAAACUAAUUUUCUAGAAUGUGAUAUGCAACAGGCCAUUAGAGAAAGUGAAUUGGAUUUUAUGCCCUCUCAAGAUGGUAGAGUUCUAAACUCCACAAUGAUGAGUAUUCAUCCAAAUAUUUCACCCUGUAGUAGUCCUGAAAUACCCUCAGAAAGAAUUGUUGUGUACGCCGAAGUUCAUCAUGCCAUGGACUGGAGUCCACCUAAUGAACGAUUGCAGCGCAAACGUUUUGCUUCCCCAAACAUAGCAGUUAAUAAUGAACACUUUCCUCCAGAAUUGGAACUUAUCAAUGAGUUGUUAGAACCAGAUGCCAAACGUUUCUAUGAUGUACCUGGGCCAAUUACCAAUAGUAAUAUACAAGAAACCAAUACAAAUAUGGGGGAUAAUGCUGAUAGUACUUCAGAUGAUAGAAAUAUUAUCUCAGAAAAUAGUUUGCAGGAACCUACAAACAGUUCACAUGAAAUACACGGUCCUAUAUCAGUGCGUAGAAUUCAUGACUCCGGUUUUAAUAUGAGUAAUGAAAUACCACACUCUUCAUUUAACAGUACCACCAGCAACGCUAGCAAUCCAUCUAACAAUAGCUUAAAUAAUAUGGAAAGUUCUGUUGCUGAAUUAGAGAAUAGCAACCAUGAAAUACGUGGGCCGAUGUCAGUGCGUAGAAUUCAUGAUUCUGGUGUUAAUAUAAGCUGUGAAAUGCAACAUUCUUCAGCUAGUAAUAAUUCAAAUGAGUAUUCAUUAUCAAAUCAUUCCUUCGAAAAUUCUGAGCAAGUCUCAACCAGCAGUGCUGUUAAUCCAUAUUAUUUUGAUGAUGAUUCCGAACCCUCUAUUUAAAAUGUUAAA